AUGGCUGCCAAUGUCCAUACCCUGAUCAGGGACACUCAGGAUGUCACAGCCAAGGACUUGCUUGACACUCUGGCGCCUGUACAGAUUCCCAAUGUCAAUUACAGCGAGAAGAGAACACCCAAGAUCCGCAGCAAGUAUCGCCAUGUUGCAGCUUCGCACUCCAAGGUCCAGCCAUCAUGCCUCAGUCAUGAGACAACAGAUGCUCCUAGCUUCAUAGGCUUCCGCAACCUCAUGGUCCUUACCAUCAUUGUCAUGAAUCUCCGACUAGUGGUCGAGAAUGCCCAGAAGUAUGGCCUCCUCAUUACCGUCAAGAUGAAUCUGCGAACGUCGGACAUCAAGACUGCUCUAAUCCUGUACGCCCUAAGUCCCUGCCACCUGUUUGUCGCCUACAUCAUCGAAAGAGUCGCUAUGGAGAACGCCAAAGGUGUGGUUGGCCGGCGGAAAAAGGUCGACCCAGAUCAAAGCGGACCAGAGACAGAGAAGGACAAGAAGGAUUUCUACUAUACCUGGUGGUGGAUUGCUGUGGCUCAUACUGCCAACGCCUCACUCGCCCUGUUAAUAUCUAGCUAUGUCGUCUACUGUCAUAUCCACAACCCUGGACUCGGUAUGAUUAGCGAAUUGCACGCCAUCGUGGUAUGGCUAAAGACCUGCUCUUACGCGUUCACCAAUCGAGAUCUCCGACACGCGAUGCUGCACCCAGGUGGUCCCGAGUCAGCCUUGCCCGAGAUCUAUUCGAAGUGCCCUUACCCCAAAAAUAUCACGUUGCCCAACCUAUGCUAUUUCUGGUGGGCUCCUACCCUGGUUUACCAACCAUACUAUCCACGGACGGAGAAGAUCAGGUGGACAUUUCUCUUCAAGCGAGUCGGAGAAUGCAUGGCUCUCAGCGUUUUCAUGUGGCUUGUUUGUGCUCAGUAUGCGGUUCCCGUUCUGCGCAACUCGCUCGGUGGGAUGGCGUCUCUCGACUUCUCCUCCAUUGCAGAACGAUUGAUGAAAUUGUCCACUAUAUCCCUCAUCGUCUGGCUCGCAGGGUUCUUUGCCACGUUCCAAUCGUUCCUGAACGCCCUUGCGGAAAUCAUGAGAUUCGGCGAUCGGGUGUUUUACGACGACUGGUGGAACAGUACCAACUUGAAAAUGUACUGGGCGACAUGGAAUAAACCGGUCUACCACUUCAUGCUCAGACACAUCUAUUCGCCUCUUGUUGGUCGAGGCUGGUCAUCUCGGGCCGCCAGUGCCUGGGUGUUUGUAUUUUCGGGAUUUCUGCACGAAUUGGCGGUAGGUGUACCUUCUCACAAUAUUCUCGGUGUGGCUUUCCUCGGUAUGGUCCUUCAGCUGCCUUUGAUACAAUGCACGGAACCUUUGGCCAAGAAGGAUGGCACCGGCAAAGUCAUUGGAAAUUGCAUCUUCUGGAUCAACUUCGUGUUUGUGGGUCAGCCGCUCGCAGCCAUGAUAUACUUCUUCGCCUGGCAAGCAAAAUAUGGGGACCUAAACCAGUCCAGCGGCAAGUGA